UCAUCACUCAUUCAGAAAUGAAGGCUGAGUUCACACGCCUGCAUGGGAUGGGGGUGUGUCAUCGGUCGUGAUGUCAGAGCGCAAGGACUCUCAUGAUUGGCUCUAAUUAGAAUCUUCGGCAGCAAAUAGACACGCGUCUUGCAUGAUUGGAUUCAAAGUGGCUGGUGCCAAAAAGCGCAGAGGCGCAGGAGCUCCAGACGCGCUCUCACGCGGGAGGAGGACGCGGCGGUCCGCUGAGCUCAAAACACAGUCAGACAGACGAGCGGCACUUUUAGCUGGUUAUCAAGAGCUUAAUAGAAGAGUGUGAGACGGAAUAGGGCGAAGCUGAUAUUCCCGGAGCGUUCCGCGUGCGCAACUGCAGCAGAGCAACUUCAGAAACAUCAAGCAGAACAAGUUCUUCAAAAUCUGAGCACCAUGGCAUCGGUCCCCAGCAGCCAAGUCAAAUGCAAGUUCAAGAGGAGGAGGAGGAGAAGGUCCAAGCGAAAAGAGAAAAUGAACAUGUUGUCUGCACUGAUCGCCCCCUUCAAGUACAUCAGCCCGGCGGCCAAUGGCACAGAAGAUGAGGACACAUUGAGCACCAGCAGUGCUGAGGUCAAGGAGAACCGUAACACGGGAAACCUGGAGGAUUGUGCCAUUGUUCCGUCAGACUGCCAAACACUCUUCCUAUCCGAUUCGCCCAGGGACGGGGCAUCCGGCCUCAAGCGAAAGCGGCCUUUGGAAGAGGACAAUAACGGACACUUGCGCAAAUUGCGUCUGUACUGCAAGAAACUGGCAUGGUCUGAUGCACCAAAGAAUGCCCUGGUGCAAUUGAACGAGCUAAGACCAGGUCUACAGUACCGGAUGGUCUCUCAGACAGGACCGGUGCACGCGCCAGUCUUUUCCAUUGCCGUAGAAGUCAACGGACUUACGUUCGAGGGCACCGGCCCUACGAAGAAGAAGGCUAAGAUGAAGGCUGCCGAAAUGGCCCUGAAGUCAUUCAUCCAGUUUCCCAACGCCUCUCAAGCUCAUUUGGCCAUGGGCGGCCUGAGCAACCCUGCCGCCGACUUCACCUCGGACCAGGCCGAUUUCCCUGACACGCUGUUCAAAGGCUUCGAGGCUGACGGCUGCCGCUCCGCCGAGAGCGAGUUGCUGUCUAGCGCGCUCCGUUUGCGCCACACGUUGGACUUGAUGGUUGUACAGGCCAGGCAAGGAGAUCCCUGCCUUCCCCCACCUCCGGUUCCCAUGCCCCAACCCAGCCCCGUCGUCCUGCUCAAUGACCUGCGGCCCGGCCUGCGUUACGCCUGCCUGUCAGAGCGUGCCCAGGGCAAACGGGCACACCGCAGCUUCGUCAUGGCCGUUCGAGUGGACGGCAGGAUAUUCGAGGGCUCGGGUCGCAGUAAGAAGCAGGCGAAGAGGCAGGCGGCUCUGUGCGCCCUGCAGGCGCUCUUCAACUUCAGGCUGGCUCCUGAGGCGAGAGCGGGACACCGGCCUAGUAGGAUCAAAUGCCCUCAUUUGCCCCAGGAGUUUGCAGAUGCAAUAUUCCACCUGGUGCGAGAGAAAUACACAGAGCUGGCCGGCUGCUCCUCGCUGCUACACGCGCGUCACAAAGGCCUGGCGGGCAUCGUCAUGACCAGAGGUUUGGAUCUGAGACAGGCCCAAGUGGUGGCGCUAUCAACCGGCACUAAAUGCAUUAACGGAGAAUAUAUCAGUGACCAGGGUCUGGUGGUCAACGACUGCCAUGCUGAAAUCACGACUAGACGAGCCCUGCUGCGGUUCCUGUACUCCCAACUAGAGUUACACCUCAGCAAAAGGAAAGAGGACUGGGAACAAUCGAUCUUCGUACGGCACAAAGACUCCUGUUUGAGACUGAGAGAAAAUGUUCUCUUCCACAUGUACACCAGCACCUCGCCCUGCGGGGACGCCCGUGUGAACUCGCCGUAUGAAAUCACCUCUGAUUUGCAAAGCAACAGACACUUGGUGAAGAAGUUUCACAGCCACCUACGGACAAAGAUUGAAUCAGGGGAGGGGACGCUGCCUGUGAAGUCCGCAGGGCCCGUUCAGACGUGGGACGGUGUCCUUCAAGGGGAACGUCUCAUCACCAUGUCAUGCACUGACAAGAUUUCCAGGUGGAAUGUGCUUGGCCUGCAGGGGGCGCUGCUCAGUCAUUUUGUGGAGCCGGUAUAUCUGUACAGCCUGACGGUGGGCAGCCUGAGACACACGGGUCACUUCUCUAGGAUGAUAAACCACAGACUGGAGAGAGUCGGCCCUCUGCCCACCUGCUACCACCGUAACCAGCCUUUACUCAGCGGCCUGAGCAACAGUGACUGCAGGCAGCAGGGGAAGUCUGUGUGUUACAGUGUCAAUUGGACGGCAGGCGACGCCCAGCUGGAGGUGCUCAACGCGUCUACUGGAAAGAGGAGGGACUCUGGAGCUCCGUCCAGACUUUGCAAGCAUGCGCUUUUUGCACGUUGGAUCAGACUCUAUCGCAAGCUGGUGGUCCGUGGGGCGAGCGGUAUGCCGCUGUACUGCGAAGCGAAGCAGGCGGCCGGCACCUACCAGACUGUGAAGCUGCAGUGGUUGAAGGGUCUACAGGAAGCAGGACUAGGGACCUGGGUCAGAAAACCUCCCGAGCAGGAAAACUUCACUCUGACUGUAUGA